AUGCACGACCUCCGUCGAAAAGCCCUUUUAGAAAGCGGCAAGACCGUGUCGCGCAAAACACAGUCUCGUGAGGUCUCGCGGCAAACAUCGCGGGCGGGCUCUGCCCAAAACUCUCGCCAGUCGUCGCGCGCUGCGAGUCGGUAUCCCUCGGAUGAUGAGGAUACUGGGGAUUUGAGUGAUGAUACGACUGCUCUCAGUACCACUUCGCUCGACGACUUGGCUGAAAACCCCGAGGCCGAUAAUAGUGAUUGGCCCGAGGAGCUGGCCGACCGAAUCCACGAGAUCCUCGAUCGCAAGCGCAGCAGCGUACAGGGCAGGGAGGAGUCGCUGACGGCAUUCUGCCGCCUCUCGAAAUUCCACUACGUCGAAGAAGAAAUCCGCGCACAUAUACAGGACCUGCUCGAGGCCUUCUCGCGCAGCAUCAAGUAUGAAACGAGCGUGCGCGAGUCGACUUUGGCCCUCAAGGCACUCGAGUUUCUUGCGUUGACUGCCUACGAUGAUACGAUUUAUGGUCAUGUCGAAGACCUGCUGGCCCGGACGAUUCGCGACUCGACUUCGACGGCAGUCAAGACCGCGGCGAUCUACUGCCUCGGCACGUGCACAUACUUUGGCGGAACAAGUGAGGAUGCCAAGUUGGACCAGAUGACGUUUUUCCUCGACAUUGUCGCGUCGGACGGGCGGUCGAUUGACGCAGCAGACGAUGCAGCGACAGUGACCGCGGCACUACAGCAAUGGGGGUUUCUCGCAACAGAAAUUGAAGACCUCGAAGGCGAAAGCGAGGAGGCGAUCGACUCGUUUAUAGACCAGCUCGACAGCAGCGACUCGAGCGUGCAGAUUGCAGCGGGGGAAAACAUUGCCCUGCUAUACGAAAAGAGCUACACGCCUCAGGAGGACGACGACGACGACGCGGGAUCGUCGGAAGAAGACGACGGCAAUGAUAACGGCUCAGUCUCGUCCAACGGCGACGGGCCGCGGCUCAUCAAACGAUACACGGCGUACCACAACACGCCGCAGCUCGAGCGAGUGCUAUCGUCUCUAGCAACCGUGUCCGGGAAACGCAUCAGCAAACGGGACAAGAAGAGCCUGCACACCAAUUUUGCGUCGAUUCUCACAACAGUGGAAAACCCGCGGCGCGGACCCAUGUUUAGCACGGCAAUCGACUACAACACCAACCGGCACUACGGCAGCAAACGGCAGGUCAAGAUCGGAAAUGAAGGAGUGAUGAACAUUGACCGAUGGUGGAAAUGGCUGCGGCUGGCAGCGCUGCGACGCAUCUUGCAGGGGGGGUUCAUGGAGCAUUACUACCAGGGGAACCGCGCAGUCCUCAAUAGCUUGCCGGUCAUGCUGCGUGAGUCGACGCGCACAACUACGGACCGUUUGGGCUACAAAAAGGCGGCCAAGCUUCGAAAUUCGACUCGCCGGAUGCUGAUGGGGGAUGACGACUAG